AUGCCCGACCCACGCCUCCCCCUGAUUCUCGCCCUCCUUUAUCCCUCCACCUCCGCAUUGGACGCCCUCCUAGCCGAGGGCAACCCGCACGACGCGCAGCCCGCCGCCGGUUGCUGUCCGGCGCAGGCGCUGCCGCCGUCCACGCUUCUCCUUGAGGCCGCGGCGCUCUCGCGCCAGGCCGACACCUUUGUGCGCGUGCGAACGCGCAAGCACGGAGGGGCGAGUGUUCCCGUCUUCACCUUCCGCCAGCCCGCCCGGCUCAGCAAGCGCGAGCUGCCCUUUGACCUAGCGCUAGUGUCCGAGAUUGACCCGAGCGGGAUCACCGAGGUGCCCGCUCCGGCCGCCGAGGCGGCAGACUCAUGGUUCACAGACUACGCCUGGUCGCACUUUGUGGUGUGCACCGGCGAGGGCACCGGCGCUCCCAAGCACCUCGGCUGGCGCUUCUCCCGCAAGGCGUCUGCUGGCGCCGCCGGCCCCGCCUCGUUUGUCGCGCUGAUAGUGCGCGCGGAGCAGAACGAGGCGGCGGACAAGGGCGCCGUGCGAGCGGCCGCGCCCCUCGCCGCCGCCGCCGCCGUCUCUGACGACGUCGAGGAGAGGGACGGAGGCGAGGCCUCCCCGCCGCCCCUCCCGGUCGGCGUCGAGGCACCCGCGUGGCUGGUGCAGAUGCUCGUGGCGCUGACGGCGCGCGCCACCACGCCGCCGAUCGCGAGCUAGGCUCGGCUGGGGCGGCAAUGGCGCCAGGCACCGCCACCGAUGAGAGAGCCAGUCAAGCGGCACCCCGCGGCUUGUGCAGAAGCUAGUCUAGCGUGUGUAUGUGUGGAACCUCCCCUGGCGCAGGCCGAGGCGGGGAGUGGAGGCGGUUGCUCCUUGUUGGCCAGUAGGGGGCAUGUGUCGAGUUGGGCUUGAAUGGCGGGUGUUUUCGGUCGCGAAUCGUAGAGAGCAGAGCG